CUCGCGCAGGGGGAGCGGGCUCUAGACGCUUGACAUGGCGGCGGCCGCGGCGACUGCAGCGACGAAAGGGAAUGGGGGCGGCGGGUGCCGGGCCGGGGGUGGCGAAGCUGGCGGCGCGCGGAAGAAGAGGGGCCCUGGGCCCUUGGCCACGGCGUACCUGGUCAUCUACAAUGUGGUGAUGACGGCGGGGUGGCUCGUUAUAGCCGUUGGUCUGGUCAGAGCAUACCUGGCGAAGGGCAGCUAUCACAGCCUUUAUUAUUCCAUUGAAAAGCCUUUGAAAUUCUUCCAAACUGGUGCCUUAUUGGAGAUUAUACAUUGUGCAGUAGGAAUUGUUCCAUCUUCUGUUGUCCUGACUUCUUUCCAGGUGAUGUCAAGAGUUUUUCUAAUAUGGGCAGUAACGCAUAGCGUCAAAGAGGUGCAGAGUGAAGACAGUGUCCUCCUGUUUGUCAUUGCCUGGACCAUCACAGAAAUUAUCCGUUAUUCCUUUUAUACGUUCAGUCUGUUAAACCACCUGCCUUACCUCAUCAAAUGGGCCAGGUACACGCUUUUCAUUGUGCUGUACCCCAUGGGAGUGUCGGGAGAGCUGCUCACCAUCUACGCUGCCUUGCCCUUUGUCAGACAGGCCGGCCUGUACUCCAUCAGUUUACCCAACAAGUACAACUUCUCCUUUGACUAUUACGCAUUCCUCAUUCUGAUAAUGAUCUCCUACAUUCCACUUUUUCCCCAGUUAUACUUCCACAUGAUACACCAGAGAAGAAAGGUCCUUUCUCAUACUGAAGAACACAAGAAAUUUGAAUAGUUCCUGCUUCCUGCACCCCUCAAAAAAAAAACCUUUUCAAUGACAAAAAAUGCUGCAGACUUUUUGAGUUCCUAAUACAUUUCAUAGAAAAUAAGUAAGAACUGUUUUUAAAAUAUUUAAAAAAUAAAAAUAAAACCUAAAAUUCAGUAUCACAUGGGCCUAGGAUUUUAUUAAAAAAAAAAAAGCUGUUACAUGAAGCAUCCUGGCCGGUCGAAUUCAGCAUGCUCUUUCAACCAGAAAUACCCAAUAUUUAUGAUGGCGCUAGAAAGGGAUUUGGCAUUUUGUAUCCUCCUGUUUCCUUCCUGGAUCUGAUAAAUAUGGAGCUGUAACACUAAGUGCUGGAGAGUUAUGGUGCGAGUGAUGAAGUUGUACCCGCUGAGUGCCCAGCUCGCAGCAGAGUCGUGUUUCAGUCUGCAGUGCAUUUAGUUAGCGUUCGCUUUUCAAAGUGCUUGACUGCAUGCUGGAAACUUUGUAUUUUUGAAGCGGCAAACUUUGUUCUCUGGAAUGCUCUGAAGUUGUGGCUGGGCCCUGUCCCCUCCCCUCUAGUGAGUGAAUUAUACAGUGUAUAUGUCUGUGAAGCUUUGGGGUAGAACCUUAAUCAGAAAACAACUAGAACCUUUUGUCUGUCUUCACUGCCUGCCACUGAGAAACAGUGCUUGAAUCUACUGAGUUUGUGUACAUUGUAGAGAACCUCCCUUCUCUGGGGCUCCGCCUCGAUCGUAUUUUAGCAGAAUGACAGUCCUCAGAAACGGGAAGCUCAGUCGCUAGUAGAUGGCAAGUGCCUUUCACAGUCCCAUUCUCGGAACACCUGUGGGAAAGGCAUUUGCCGAUAGCUGUUCUCCUUUAUGGACCUGACGCCAGUCCAGGCCCAUGGGAGUAGAGAAGCUGUUAUUGAAAGCACAUGGAAGGUGUUACUUUAGAAACGUAGUCCGGAAGAACGUUCAGGAAUAGAUUUAUACACUCUUAUUAUUUGAUUUUUAAAUUUUCAUUCAACUCUUCUGUUUGGCUCCUUCUGCUUGUGGUCCUGUGUAGUCCCACCGAGUUGUGAGUCCAGAGGCAGUGCAGGGUUCCAGCUGGGCAGUCGUGAACCAAAGGCAGUAUCCUCCACACAUGCUGGAGCAGCCAAGAAAUGCUUUAGUCAUAUGGACACUGUCUAAUUAGCCAUUUAAUGUCUUCAUACCAUUUAAGGGCUCAGCUGUCCAUUUACAACUUUUCAGGAAAGGAUUGGAUGAAAAAGUAAAGCCCAGGUUUAGGCAUGCACUAGAUUUUAAACACAGAACGUUCUUGUGGCACCUUUUCUUCUUAAUUGGUUGCUCUUUAAAACUUCAGAGGUCUAGUUUGCUAGCUUCACGAGUAGUUUUCAUUUAAAAUAUAAUUGCUGAUAUCAGAAGAGUAUCAUAAUGGCAGAUAAUUUUUAAGUGCUUAUUUUCAUAGAAGCUUGAAAAUUAGGAUGAAAAUGAGAAGAAAGUAUGCAGCCUAAAAUUUAAUGCAGGCAAAUAUGUAAUAAAUUAUUUUUGAAUUGAGCAUUAAAAUUCUGCUUCUUAAAAUCACUCUUAACUGGAUCUGUUGAGAUUAGAAUCUAUUCUUGUACUUCAUGAACACAGUAUGUGGGAAAGAUUAUUUUUCAUGCUUUUUCUUCUUGCAAAAUGUAUUUCUACUAUAAAAUAAAAUCCAUUUGAGUUCUA